CUCUCUUUAAAGCUUUAUUCAGAGUCUCUGACUGUGUGGUGAAGUAAACACUAUGAUGAUAACUUGAUACUUUCCACUUGAAGUUCAGUAUUGCUCGGUCUUACGAUUUGGAACACUGGCAACUAAAAGGCAAAUCACAACUUAAGCAGCAUCAGUUCUAAACGAGGGGAAUAUUCAGAAAGGGAAAAGAAAUGGAAAAUGGAGCGGUUGAUGGUCAUCAAUCAGAGCUUUCUUAUUCUUACUUUGUCUCACAUUCAAGGAAAUAGAUGUAAUUUGAUCUUGUACAAGAUAAACAAUAUUUGGAGAUGGACUUUUUAGGGCCUUUUGGCAAAGUUAUCGAAGGACUGAUUGAUUUUGUAUGGAAACAUGGUGUUCGACAAGUAACUUACAUUGUCAAUUACAAUAACAAUGUCUUUGAAUUAAAAGAUAGUGUUAAGGAUCUUGAAUUAGAAAAAGAAAGGAUAAAUCAUCAACGUGACGAGGCUGAGAAAAAUCUAAACAACAUUGAAGGAAAGGUUAUUGAAUGGGAUCGAAAAUUGAGUGAAAUCGAGACCGCAGUAGAGGUGUUUGAGAACGAUGAUGGCCACACAAGGGCCCGAUCACCCAAUUGUUUUUUGUUUCCGUUCUUACGGAACAGACACAGGUUAGGAAGACAAGCACAUAAGAUGAAAGAGGAUGUUAAAAGGCUAAUUGGUGAGUCCCCUGAGCUUGAUGAAGUUUUCUAUAGGCAAAAUGUAACAUGUAAUGAUGCCACAUUGUCUAAUUGUGGUUUUGUAGAAUUCAGUUCUAUAAAAUCCAUAAUCGAAAAAGUAAUGAUCCAACUUCAAGAUUCUACAGUGAGAAUGAUUGGAUUGUAUGGGAGAGGGGGUGUGGGUAAGAGCACUUUAGUCAAAGAAAUUGCAAGGAAGGCUAAAGAGAAAAAGAUGUUUGAUGUGGUUGUUAAAGUAGAGAUAACAGCUGACCCUAAUCCACAUAAAAUUCAGGAAGAAAUUGCUUACGUGUUAGGAUUAAGAUUGGAAGGGGAAGGUGAAAAUGUGAGAGCUGACUGUCUACGAAGGAGGUUAAAGAAAGAAAAAGGGAACAUCCUUCUAAUCUUGGAUGACCUGUGGCACAAAUUAGACCUAAAUAAGUUAGGGAUUCCAGUUGAAGAUUAUGAUGAUGAUGAAGAUUUUAAUCGCCAAAAGCCAGAUAAUAAAGAUAGUAACAAUGAUCCUAGUAGCAAAGUUUCGAAAAAAGAAAAUAUCCCUGGUGGUCAUAAGGGGUGCAAGAUUUUACUAACUUCACGGGAUAAAAAUGUGUUGUGUGUUGAAAUGGAUGUAAAGUCAACUUUUUGUAUAAGGGAAUUAGAUGAUAAGGAUGCUUUAAUUUUGUUUCAAAAGUUGGCGGGAAUAGAUAAUGAAAUGUCUAGCUCUAAACAAGAAAUUGUGAAGAAGUAUUGUGAGGGAUUACCCAUGGCAAUAGUUGUAGUUGCAAGAGCAUUAAGAAAUAAGAGUGAAUCAGUGUGGGAAGCAACAAUAAAAAGACACAAAAAGCAUGAAUUGAUGGGUGAGGGGACAUCUAUGGAUAUUUCAGUGAAGAUGAGUUAUGACCAUCUUGAAAAUGAAGAAAUCAAGUAUAUUUUCCUACUUUGUGCUCAAAUGGGUCGUCGGGCAUUAAUCAUGGACUUAGUUAAGUAUUCUUUUGGUUUAGGUAUAUUUGAAGGAGUUUCCUCGCUUUGGGAAGCUCGAGAAAAAAUUAAGACAUCAAUCCAAAAGCUAAAAGACUCUGGUUUAUUGUUGGAUGAAAGUUCUAAUAAUCAUUUCAACAUGCAUGACAUGGUUCGAGACACUGCUUUGUCUAUAGCACAUAAGGAUCACAAUGCUUUUAAUUUGAGAAAUGGAAAACUAGAUGAUUGGCCAGAACUCGAAAAGUGCACUUCCAUUUUUAUGUGCAACAGUGAUAUCAUUGAUGGGCUUGAAGUCAUAAAUUGUCCUCAUCUUAAACUUUUCCAGAUCGACACUAAUGAUCCAUAUUUGAAAAUACCCAAGAGUUUUUUCAAAAGAAUGAAAAAUCUGAGAGUUCUAAUAAUGACUGGUUUUUGUGUAUCAAACUUGCCAUCUUCAAUUCAAUACCUAUCAAAACUCAGAAUGCUUUGUUUGCAGCGAUGUACUUUAGAUUGCAAUCUUUCUAUAAUAGGAAAGCUGAAAAAAUUGAGAAUUCUGAGCUUCUCUGGAUCUAUACUUAAAAAUUUGCCGAUUGAGUUGCAAUGCUUGGAUAAGUUACGAUUGCUAGACAUCAGUGAUUGUUCUGAACUGAAGAUUAUUCCACCUAAUGUUAUAUCAAGUUUAACAUGUUUAGAAGAGCUAUAUAUAAGAGAAAGCUUGAUCAAAAUGUUGGUGGAAAGAGAGACAAACAAAGGUCAAGAUUUGUUUCUUUCCGAGUUAAAGAAUUUACAUCAAUUGAAAGUGGUGGAGUUAAGCAUCCCACGUGUUUCAAAUUUCCCCAAUCACUUGUUCUUUGACAAGUUAAGAGAUUACAAUAUUGUGAUUGGUGACUUUGAUUUCUUUUCUCUUGGAGAAUUUAAGAUGCUCAAUAAGCAUGAAACAUCCAGAGUUUUAGCAGUGCAACUAAAGGAUAACACUAACAUUCAUUCCCAGGAAAACAUAAAAUUGUUGUUUAAAACAGUACAAACUUUGUUGUUGGGAAAGACAAAUGGUGUUCGAGAAGUUGUCAAUGAUUUGAAUAUAGAUGGAUUUCAAGAUCUGAAGCACUUAUCCAUCAUAAAUAACAAUGACUUCAAAUAUGUCAAUUCAACAAAAUUGUGUAAUUAUGUGAAUGUUUUUCCCAAUUUGGAAUCUCUUUGUCUCUACAAUCUGGGGAAGUUAGACAUGAUAUGUUAUGGUCCAGUUACAGUUGUGUCAUUUGCCAAAUUACGAACCAUCAAGGUUGAGAUGUGUCACCGAUUGAAGAAUCUCUACUCCCUUGACAUGGCUAAGUUUCCUAUUGGUGCGCAAACAUGUGAUAUUUCUGAAUGUAAUUCUUACAUGGAUAUAUUUCUUUCUAGUAUAGAGAUAAUUGAAGUUUCUGAAUGUAAAUCUUUAAAGGAGAUCCUUCAAAUUCCAAAGCAUUACAGAAAGGUUGAGUUUCUUAAGUUGCACACUUUGACACUCCGAUUAUUACCACUGCUUUCAUCGUUUUAUACCAAAGUGGAUAAAUUUUUCUGGCCGCAUCUAACAAAGGCUCAAACUACAAUUAUGGGUCACAAAGAUCUUACGAGUGAGGAAGAUAAACAAAGUGAUGAGGAACCUUCUCUUUUUGGUGAACUGGUUGAAAUUCCAAACUUAGAGACCUUGAAUUUAUCCUCACUCAAGAUCCAUAAGAUAUGGAGUGACCAAAACUCGUCAAGUUUCCUUUUUCAAAACUUGAUAAAAUUAGUUGUGAAAGAUUGUGAUAAAUUAACACAUCUAUGUUCAUUGUCUAUGGCUAAAAGUUUGAAGAAGUUGAAAAGCCUUGUCAUAAGCGAGUGCCCAGUUAUGGAGAAGAUUUUUGAGACUGAAAGAAAUAAUGCAGACAAGGUUUGCAUCUUCCCUAAGUUAGAGGAAAUCCACGUUACCAAAAUGAAUAAGCUAACAGAUAUAUGGCAAACUAAAGUGAGUGUUGAUUCCUUUUCUAAUCUCAUUUCUGUGAAAAUUGAAGAGUGCAAUAAAUUAGACAAGAUUUUUCCAUGUCACAUGGAAGGGUGGUUUGAAAGUUUGGACAACUUAAAAGUUUAUUGGUGUGAGUCGGUUGAAGUGAUUUUUGAAAUCAAUGAUUCUCAAGAAAUAGAUGAAUUUGGAGGGAUAGACACAAAGUUGCAAAUAAUUCUUCUUGAAGGCCUCCCAAAGUUAAAACAAUUGUGGAGCACAGAUCAAAAUGGAAUUCUUAGCUUUAAAAAAUUGCGGACCAUAGAUGUAGAUAGUUGUGAUGAACUUAAGAAUUUGUUUCCAGUUUCUGUUGCCAAAGAUGUUCCAAAGCUUGAACACAUGUCCGUAUUGGAUUGUGAUAAAAUGGAGGAAAUUGUUGGAAGUCAAGAUGCAUCAGAUGCUAACCCAGAUCUAUUGGUGUUUCCUGAACUAAUCUAUGUGAGAUUACAUCGUCUACCAAACAUGAAGUAUUUCUACAAGAAGAAAUAUCCUAUAAAGUGUCCAAAGCUGAAGGAGUUGAGUGUGACAAAAUGUGUGAAGCUCAAAACAUUUGUCAAAGAUACCAUUAAUACAACAAACAAAGUGGGAAAUUUUGUUUUCUCAAUUGAAGAGGUAUUUCCCAAGUUGGAGCAUAUGGAAAUUGAGUUCAAGGAAGCACAAGAAUUGUUACCAAAGUACCAAAUGCAGCGCCUAAAAGAACUUAGUUUGAUUUCAGUCGAAAGUGUCGAUCUUCUCAACCAGUUUCCAUACAGAACACCAAAUUUAGAAAAGCUAAAAUUAGAAUCCUAUGAUUUUAAAGAGUUAGCGCCAAAAGCAAACAAUGGACGACAAAAAGGAUUGGGGAUUGUAUUGCAGCUGAAGGAAUUAGUUUUCUUGGAUUCAAAUAUAAAGGAUCUUGGAUUUGAACGAGGCCAAGUUCUACAGAGACUAGAGGUUUUAAGAUUAGAAGAUUGCAGUAAAUUAAGCAAUUUGGCUCCUCCCUCUGUAUCAUUGAAUUACUUGACACAUUUGGAAUUGAAGUAUUGUUUUGGAUUAAAGCACUUAAUGGCAUCCUCCACUGCCAAAAGUAUGGUUCAACUCAAGACAAUGAAAGUAAGCUAUUGUGAUAAAAUAGAGCAAAUAAUAAGCAUGGAGGAAAGUGAAGAAGGCAAAGUGAUGAAAAUUGUAUUCAGCAAAUUGAUUUCUAUAGAACUUGUGGGGCUAAACAACCUUGCAAGUUUUUGCAGUCACAAGGAGUGUGAAUUUGAAUUCUCAUCACUGGAAACAUUGAUUGUAAGAGAAUGUCCGAAGAUGGAGAAAUUCAGUGAGAAAAGAUCAAUAGCACCCAAGUUAAGGAAUAUAUUUGGUGUGGAAGGAGAUGAAAAAACAAAGUGGCAGUGGGAAGGUGACUUGAAUGGCACGAUACACAAAAUUUUCGAUGAUAAGGUCAGUUUGGCAUAUACUGAGAACUUGUGGCUUGACAUUGAUAAUGAUCAAUAUAUUAUAGAGCAACUAUGGCAUGACAGACAUUGGGUGCAGCAAAACAGCUUUGGAUAUUUGAAAACAUUGUUUGUAUGGAGAUGUGAUACUGUAGUGCAUGUAAUUCCAUCUCAUUUGCAUUCUUGCUUUCCCAAUUUGGAAGGGUUAGAUGUACGGUAUUGCAGUAAUGCAGAGGUGAUAUUUAAUAUGAAUGAUGAGAACAGGGUGAUGACAAAACCUUCCGGAAUAUUCCGUCUGAAAAUAUUGAACUUAUAUAAUCUACCAAAACUGGAGCAUGUAUGGGACAAGGAUCUGGAGGGAAUUAUUGACCUUGAUGCGCUAGAGGAAGUGCGUGUUGAAAAUUGUAGGAGUCUUAGAACUUUUUUUCCAGCGUGGGUGGCCAAAGAUCUUAACAGACUUGAGGUGUUUCAAAUAACAAAGUGUGAUGAAUUGGAAGAGAUAUUUAGGAGUGGAGAAGAAGAAGAAGGAUCACUACCAGACUCUGUUUUUCAUCAACUCACCACAUUGACGCUGCAACAAUUGCCACGCCUCAAAUAUUCUAUUCACCGCUCCAAACAACAGGAGAGUACAUCUUAUUUGAGUGAGAGAGAUAUAAAAGGGUUAUGUUUUGGGUCUCAGGUCAUCCCAAACUCCAACUUCUGUCUCUUAGAAUCUCUGAAGGUUGAUGGUUGUCAGUUUUUAUCAGAUAUACUUCUACCAUUCAAUUUACUUCCUUCCUUAGCUAAUUUGGAAAUAUUGGAAGUUCAGAACUGUAUGUUUAUCAAAACCAUAUUUGAUGUCAAAUGUACAACGGAAAGUAAAGAUGUGACAUCUACAGGACCAACUCUUUUUUCUUUGAAGAAUGUGACUUUAUCCAAUCUGCCAAAUUUGAAGAAUGUUUGGAAUGAAGAUCCUGAUGGAAUUCUAAGGAUGCACCAUCUAGAAGAAGUAUACGUUGAGAACUGUAAAUGUCUUAGAAGCGUGUUUCCUGAAUCAAUAGCCAAAGAUGUUGUGGAGCUUAAAAAUCUAGAAGUGGAAGACUGUGAGGGAUUGACGACUAUUGUUGCAGAGAAUAAUAACGCAGAUCCAAGAGGAACUAAUCAAGAUCUCCCCUGUCCAUUGGUAAGAUCACUGAAACUAAAGAGUCUGCCCAUGUUCAAGUAUUUUUACCACUGUUCACUGCAGUGCGACAAUUUUGCAAAUCUAGAAUCACAUAGCGAGAAUCAAGUAGGUACUGAAAAGUUAAAGUGGUUGUCACUGGGGAAUAAUGGAGUAGAGAUGAUUUUGCAUGGAGAAUUUCAGAGAAACUUCUUAGAAAACUUAAAAGUUCAUACUCUCUGCUUGUUUUCGGAUGCAUUUGGGUGUGAAAUUCUUGAAGAGGUUCCCAAUAUAGAGAAGCUAGUGGUACGUGGUGGUUCCUUGAAGGAGAUGUUCUGCUGUCAAAGUCCUAACAAUGAAGAUUAUAGUGGACUUCUGUUACAAUUGAAAGAAUUACGCUUAGAGUCCCUUCAAGAGUUGGUUUCCAUUGGGUUAGAGAACUCUUGGACUGAGCCCUUUGUCAGAAAUCUUGAAACCUUUGAAGUCAUUAGCUGUUCCAGUUUAAAAAACUUGGUAACAUGCAGAGAGUCUUUCUCGAAUCUGAUAUGUUUAAAAUUUGAAAACUGCGAUAGCUUGUCAUAUUUGUUCACAUCUUCAACCGCCAAAAGUUUGGCUAAACUCCAAAGAAUGAAGAUAAAAAAGUGUAAAUCAAUUGAAGAAAUAGUAUCUAAAGAAGAGGAGGAAUCAGAUAAAGAUGAAAUAAUAUUUCCGAAGCUCAAUUGUUUGAAACUUAAAUAUCUGAAAAAUCUCCGAAGGUUUUACAAAGGGAGUUUAAGUUUUCCACUGUUGGAGGAAUUGUCAAUAAGAGAUUGCGACGAUAUGGUAAGUUUAUGUCAAGGUACUCUGGAGGCAAGUAAGUUGUCUCAAGUUAUACCAUUGGAAAUUGAUCUUAGCUCUGCUAUAUGGAAGGAAUUUAUGAGCAAGAUUGGAAGGAGAUCGAGUGUUGAGUUCAAAGAUAGGGCAGACCUAAACGAGAUAUGGCGUCUCUCACUGCAAUUCCAGGACUUCUGUUUCAGUAACUUGGAAACCUUGGUUGUGGAUGGGUGCCAACUUUUAUCAUAUGUAAUUCCCUUCCAUGUGCUUCCUUUGUUACCUGAAUUGCAAACAUUGGAAGUUCGAAACUGUGAUUCUGUUAAAACCAUAUUUGAUGUCAAAUCUUCACAACACACAUUCACUUUUCCUCUAAAGAAAUUAGUUUUACUGAAGCUGCCAAAUCUUGAAACUAUUUGGAAUGAAGAUCCUGCUGAAAUUGUUACAGAGCCUAAUCCAACUCAUCCAGAACAAACAAAUCCUAAGCUAAUUACACCGAACUUAGAACACCUGACAGUGGGUGAAAAUGAAUUAAAGAUAAUUGUCGAUGGGAAAUUUCAGAGAAACCUUUUACACAAGUUAAAAGUUCUCGGUCUGUGCUUUGAUAUGGAGUGUGAUGAAUUUCUGGAGUAUGGAUUUCUACAACAGUUGCCAAAUGUAAUGAAGCUUAUGGUGUGUGACAGUUCCUUCAAAGUGAUUUUCUGCUACCACAUACCUAAUAAUAGUGAAAUUCUUAUACAAUUGAAAGAAUUACGCUUGGAAUCCCUUCAAGAGUUAGUUUCCAUUGGCUUAGAAAACUCAUGGACUGAACCCUUUGUCAGAAAUCUUGAAACCUUUGAAGUCAUUAGCUGUUCCAUUUUAAAAAACUUGGUAACAUGCAGAGUGUCUUUCUCGAAUCUGAUAUGUUUAAAAGUUGAAAACUGCGAUAGCUUGACAUAUUUGUUCACAUCUUUAACAGCCAAAAGUUUGGCUAAACUCCAAAGAAUGGAUAUAAAAAAGUGUGAAUCAAUCGAAGAAAUAGUGUCUAAAGAAGGAGAGGAAGCAGAUGAGGGUAAAAUAAUAUUUCCGAAGCUCAAUUGUUUGAAACUUAAAUAUCUGAAAAAUCUCCAAAGGUUUUACAAAGGGAGUUUAAGUUUUCCAUUGUUGGAGGCAUUGUCAAUAAGAGAUUGCGACGAUAUGGUAAGAUUAUGCGGAGGUACUCUGGAGGCAAGUAAGUUGUCUGAAGUUAAACUUGAAGAAUCAAACACUAAAUUGAAAACUGUUCUCAACUCUACUAUGAGGAAGGAAUUUCUGAAAAAGAUUUCAGAGCUUGACAAACUUGAUCUAAAAAGUAGGCCACUCCAAAAGAUAUGGAAUGGCUUACUGGAUAUCUCCGACCUCUGUUUCAGUGGGUUAGCUAUAUUGACUGUGAAUGACUGUCCAUUUUUAUCAGAUGCAGUGUUACCUUUCCAUUUACUUCCUUUAUUACCUAGAUUGAAAACAUUGGAAGUUGGAAACUGUGAUUAUGUCAAAACCAUAUUUGAUGUCAAAUGUACAACAAAAGACACAUCAUUUACUUUUCCUCUGAAGAAAUUGGUUUUAUCCAAGUUGCCAAAUCUGGAGAAUGUUUGGAAUGAAGAUCCUCAUAAAAUUUUAUGCAUGCAACAUCUAGAAGAAAUACAUGUCAAGGAAUGUAAGGACCUUAAAACUGUGUUUCCCCCAUCAGCAGCCAAAAGUCUUGUGGAACUUGAAGAUCUAGUAGUGGAAGACUGUGAGGGAUUGAUGGCAAUUGUUGCCGAUGAAUCUAAGGAGGGGAAUGAAUUAGAUAAGAAUGGGAUAAUAUUUCCUCGGCUCAGUUAUUUGAAGGUAGAAAGUUGCAAUACUCUGCCAUAUUUGUUCACAUCUUCGACAGCAAAAGGUUUGGCUGAACUCAAAACUAUGAAGAUAAAACAAUGUAAAUCAAUUGAAGAGGUAGUGUCGAAGGAGGGGGAAGUAUCUGAUGAGGACGAAGAAAUAAUAUUUAAGCAGCUCGAGGAUUUGUAUCUUGAAAAGUUAGAUGAGCUAGGGUGCUUUUAUUCUGGCAAUUUAACUUUAAGUUUUCCCUCCUUGGAGGAAGUCCACGUCAUCAAGUGCAGCUCUAUGAAAACUUUCAGUGCAGUAAACAAAAUAAAUCAUCCCACAAAAUGGUAUUGUUCAGAAUAUGAGAGACCCCAGAAAGAAACUGAUCUCAAUUCUGCUGUGCUCAAAACUUCUGCAAAGGAGGCUCCAGAUGCUUCUGGUGCCAUCAUUUCAGUUCUCCAAUAGCACAGAUAGUGAAUAUGGUGGUGAUCAAUAAGAAGCAGUUUUUCACAGCAUUACAUGAUGAUUAUGACUGAGUAUGUUGAAUCUGAGUUGCCGACUACAAUAUUGCAGUAACUAAGAGGAGAUGGAAGGCAUAAUUAAAGAGUGCAUGAAGAUGAAUCUAUCUCUAUUUUACUAUUUUUGUGUGAUUUUUUUUCAAAAUAAAAAAAAAAAUGUGUUUGUUCUAGCUCGUUGAAGAUGAAAUACAUUAUAUUAUUUAUAUUAUGUAAUGUGGGAUUAAGAAUGAUGAACAGUCAUGAACUGUCACUAAAUAUUGACUGUAAGUGCUUAUGCCGAAAAAAAAAAAGUGUGCUUGUUUU